AUCAUCGCUAUAUUUACCCCUUUCGCUUAUUUAAACCAACCAUUGUUCGAUUCUCAUAACCAGUCUGACAUCCCCUUUGGUUGAGCUGAUAUGGUCCCUCCAUCUCUCAUUGCUCCCCCUCCUUUCUCCCUAACGAUCAGGCCAUGGCCGCGGUACCAUCAAUAGACUCGUUGCCAUACGAGGUACGCCAGGAAAUAUACUCUCUUAUAGUGCGGCAGACUGACUCUCAUGCUCGGAACAGUGGCUCGGUGCCGACUCUUGCGCGGUAUGCUACUGUUUCCAAAAGGUGGCAGGAGGAGUUCGUGGAACCUCUUAUAUUCAAGGAGCUCCGUGUAACCCCAAACCGACUUCAGGACUUUAAUCACAUUGUUUCUUCACCGCGACGCAGGGGCCUUGUGCAGACAAUUCUCUUCCACGUCUCUCUUGAUCGAUACGAACAGUAUCUGGACAGCGAGCAGGAAACGUCGGCGGAGAGACGGCGAAGCGUCGAGAUCCUGGUAACGGCUCUGAAGGACAUAUUUCGGGCCAUGAUCCUAUGGAAGAAGAGCGAGACCUCGCCCCGUGGACUGGAUCUCCAUCUCGUUAUCGAUUCGCCUAGUGAUUCCUCGACGCUCGUCGGCGGGAAAAGGGGUCUCCUGGUGACGGCACGGGGCCUAACAUCGUACUUGAAAAUCGACCCUGACACGCUGUCAUUACCGUAUCUAGAUGUUUUCAGCGGCUUCCGGUGUACGGGAAGACACUUGAAGCCGACAUCCGCGUUGGCUAUCGCAUCGAGACUUCGGACUUUGGAAUACCUCGACCUCGAGCUUAGCCACGACUCGACCCGUACCAGAGAUAUAGAACAAAGGAACAAUUUCGCCAACGGCCUCGAGGAGCACGCCGAAACCGUCCGGGUUCUCAGCCUACACCGUCCCAGCCCAAUGCUAACGGCAUCCCCAUCGCCGCCGAAACAGCCAUGGUCGGACUUCUACGUCAAAAUGCGCGCGUUCAGCCAACAGUGCGAAUCGUUCGACUUCGACGACUGCAUCGACGCCAUGCAGUUCUUCGCCCCGUUUCUCCCGGGCCACACGGCGGAGCGGACGCUCAGAGGCCAGGAAGCGCCGCUGUGGAUGCGGUUGAAGAGGCUUAAUGUGCGCAAUUCGUACUUGGUCAAGGCGCCGUAUCUGCGUGUUGCUAGUAGGGCGGAGGCGCUGGCGUCGAUUCAUAAGAUUCUGGUUGCGGUUGGAAGGGCGACGUCCCGUAUGCCGGGGCUUUUGUUCGCGCGUGUGUCCCAGUAUAUCCUCACGGAUGGGGAGUUGGAGUGGUUCGUGAUCAUAUACGAGUGUCAUGCUGGGAAGGCCGUUGUGCGAGUGAGGGGGUUUGUGCCGAGUAAACCUAUCCUUGGGGCUUGGAGACAUUCGGUCACGACGAAGGAGCUGGAGUUCGAUGUUGUUCAUGAAAAUGAUGGGGCUAAUGUGCCUGAGUUAUGAUAGUUGUACUUUGGGUAGAGUGGUGGGUUGGGUUAUAAAGAGCGGAAAGAUGGUUCGUGUAGAUGGUAUGGAAUGGA